UGAUAACCUACGCAGCAAAAAAAGAAAAAGAAAAAAGGAUCUGAUAACCUAAUAUCUGGGAAAAUGACGAGGAGGAAAAUUCAGAUUAAGAAAAUUGACAACACGACGGCAAGGCAGGUGACAUUCUCAAAGAGGAGGAGAGGACUUUUCAAGAAAGCUUUUGAGCUCUCUACUCUCUGCGAUGCUGAAAUUGGUCUCAUGGUCUUUUCUGCUACAGGAAAGCUCUUUGAAUUCGCCAGCUCAAGUAUGCAGCAAGUAAUUGAAAGGCAUAAUCUACGUCCAGAGAAUCUUGGCAAAAUGGACCAACUGUCUCUUGAGCUACAGCUUGAGAACGGUACCUCCUACGCCAUGUUGAGCAAGGAAAUUGAGGAGAAGACACAUGAACUGAGGAAGAUUAGGGGAGAAGAACUCCCUGGAAUGGAUAUAGAAGAAUUACAGAAACUAGAGAAAGAGCUUGAAGUAGGCCUGAGCCGUGUUAUAGAAACAAAGGGUGAAAGAUUUCUGGAAGAGAUCACUGCCCUUCAGCAAAAGGGAGCCCAACUGAUGGAAGAAAACCAACGAUUAAUACAGGUUGGAUUGUUCUAUUUCCUAGUCUUCCUUGACAACUCAAGAUUAGCACUUCACAGAACAGGUGACAAGAGUGCUUGGCCAGUUUAUCCCAGGCAUAUGGAACAAUAUAUGUGGAGCAUAUCGCUUGAGCUAAGACGGACCAUUUUCGUUCCUUCUUCUCAAUCAAAUUAUCUUAUUCAGGAAAAAUAAAAUAAAAAAGUUCCAUUUUUGUAUCUGAAAAGGUAACUGGACCAACUUCUGGUCCCUUUUUGUAUUUAAGUCAUGGGCCCGCUUCUGCAAAAAAAUUAGAAAAAAAAGUCGUGGCCUCAAAAAUCUAGUCCGUUUAUAUUUUGUUGAAAAAGUUUAGAUGUUGACCUCUCCAUUGGUCCCUAUUUUUUAUUACUGGGAGUCUGCAACUAAAUCCGGUAGU